GACGUCACGCUGACGUUGCCGAAGCAACUGGGCCGUAAAGCUCGAGCGGCGGCGUCUCGAGGCGUGCGCGUGAGUCCGGAAAGGUGCCUCGGCGGCGUGCGUGCGUGGAGCGUCCACGCGCCAGAAGAUGCUGAACAUGUGGAAGGUUCGAGAGCUGGUGGACAAAGCUACCAAUGUGGUGAUGAACUAUUCGGAGAUCGAGUCCAAGGUGAGAGAGGCUACCAAUGAUGACCCUUGGGGACCUUCUGGUCAGCUGAUGGGAGAUAUCGCAAAGUCAACCUUCAUGUACGAGCAGUUCCCCGAAGUGAUGAACAUGCUGUGGACCAGGAUGCUGAAAGACAACAAGAAGAACUGGAGGCGGGUCUACAAGGCAUUGCUGCUGCUAGCUUACCUGAUCAGAAACGGAUCGGAGCGAGUGGUGACCAGUGCACGAGAACACAUCUACGACCUGAGAUCUCUGGAGAACUACCACUUCAUUGACGAGAACGGGAAAGACCAAGGCAUCAACGUACGCCAGAAGGUGAAAGAGAUGGUGGAAUUCGUCCAGGAUGACGACAGACUUCGAGAGGAGCGAAAGAAGGCCAAGAAGAACAAGGACAAAUACAUUGGGGUGUCCUCAGACAGCAUGGGAGGGGGAAUAUUAAAAAACUCUUGCGAGCUGGAGCGCAGUAAAUGGGAAGAGGACUGGGACAAGAGCCGGGCGGCGUUCCCCUUUAGCGAGAAGCUCGGUGAGAUCGGCGAAAAGAUCGGCAGUACCAUUGACGACACCAUUAGCAAGUUCCGGAAGAAGGAGCGAGACGACUCCCCGGAUAGGAUCAGCGACAGUGAGGAAGACAGGACAUCCAGGAACGGCCGUCAGGAAGCAAACGAAUUCAAAGACGAAGAAGAAACGGUCACCACCAAGAAUGUCGUCCGCAAUACCCAGGCCUCCGAGACCACCACGACCACCACGCGAAAACGCGUCGGCACACCCUCCAACAAGACCUUGGACCUCGGCGCCGCCGCCCACUACACAGGAGACAAGAGUCCUGAAGACAACGAGGCAUCCGUUAGCCGGCUGUCCAGUGAGGGACUUGCAGACCUGCUGGACAUCGAGCCAGUGGCCAAUCAGAGCUCUGCUGCGGGGGGCUGCUCGAGUGACCUUAUCGGCGGAUUUGCAGACUUCUCAUCCCCAGCGGCGUCCGCUAGCCUGCCUGCUACCAGCACUGCGGCACCAGCCAACGGAAACGCGGACUUCGGAGACUGGAGCGCCUUCACCAACCCCAUGACGUCAUCCCGUACUGCCAACGCUGCUGCGCAACCGAUUGCCGACCUGUUUGGCACCCCGCCGCCACCACUUAACCACGCCCCCAAACCCACCGCUGUCCCACCUUCUGCUGAGCUCUUUGACCUGAUGGGUGGCGUUAGUCAGCCACUUACCAGCAUGCACGCGACGACGCUGAGCGCUUCGCAAAGUUUGACCUUCUCGUCCACCGCUGUACCAACUGUGCCGUCGUCUCGCUCCCAGCAGAGUCUGGGAGGUUUGACGUCUCAGUCACAGGCUGGACUGAAACAGAACGUCGGGGUGGGAGGUCAGGGAACUUUAGGCUCCACCUGGUCUGACCCGUCUGUCAACAUCAGUCUGGACUUCUUGUCGACCGGCGUCAACCCGGUCAAAACGCAAACAGCCCUCAACAACAUCAUGCAACAGCAAGGCGUCCUGUCGAGUAACUUCGGGAGCCUAAACCUCAGCCUGCCGCCACACGCCAACAAAGCACCCAUCAGACUACUGGCCAAUCCCGGCAUGACCUUGGCAAGCGCGCCGCCUUCCAUGACAACAGGCGCGCACCCUGUAAUGAGGACCCCGGCAAAGCAAGAUGCCUUUUGUAACUUUGGCAACUUUGGAAAAUAAGCAAGUGUGUAUGAGUAGGUGUGUGGGGGUGCGUGGGUGGGUGUGUAUGUGUGUUUUGAAGUUAGGUGAGUUAGGGCGACACGUGCAUGCAACGGACUGGAAUUCUUACAUUUUAUGAGGACCCAAGCACUCGUCUUUCCUAUACAGUCAACUUGUUAUUGGCCGCUCCCAACUGCCAAUGGUGAAAAUCCGUUAAUAUUUGUUGCCCAUUAUAAUUACAGUAGAUUGAAUGAAAAUAUUGAACCUAAAAUAAUCUUGAAUGAUGAGCCAUUCCCCAAAAAUUAAAAGGAUGUUGAUCUUCAAUCAAAUGGUUGACUCACAAAGAGUUUGUGAUCUUACACUUGGGGGUGACAUUUGACUUUUGAAUAUCGGACUGCUGAAUAUUUCCGUGCUUUUUUUUCGCAUGUUCCACACUUUGAGAAUCACUGGCUUCUGUUGACGUCAAUAUCACAAACUUUUUGUGAGUGUGUUUUAACCUCAUCAGGACAAACGAUUUGAUGAAUAUCUUUGUUUUCCAAUGCCCGCUUUCGUCUGUCCUGCCUUUUUUCAAACGACAGAAGUGCGCGGUCGAUCCGAAUCCCUGGAAAUUACAUCAUGUCCUGGAAAGUGGUAACUUCAAUCAUCUCGUAGCGAUGGACUCGCAUGCUUGUGAGAGCCGAGCUGAACAUUUGUGAGUGACUGAAGUAAGUGUGACUGCAUGUGAAUGACAACGUGUAUAGGUUUGAGUGUGAUUGAUUCCGUGUAAAUGUGUGUGUGUGAGUGGGUUUACCUUGUUUGAGGCGUGCACACACAGUUAAGCCGAGCCGUUUGUGUGCUCCAAAUGACCAAAUCUUUAUUUUGUUACUCUCAGAAGGACACUUUAGAUUUUAGUUUAAUAUUUACUUGACUUGUCUUCAUAUGCGGAGCGCUGCUGCAGUAUUGAUGACGUUCAUAUUUGUGUUCCUUUUUCGGUACUACAGCCUGGUUGUUUCAAUUGUGUACUUGACUGGACAUUCAGUGAAAUUAUGACAAAUGAGUCCAUCAUUUUGACUGCACUGGUACUGCAAGUACAAAUGCUUUGUUACUGUAUUUAAAUGCAUUUUUCAGGUAAUGUUUUUUUUUUUUAAAGGCUUUUCACUCCCCCCCCCCCCCAUCCUUUCUCAAAUCGUCAUGUUACUUUUUUCCCACCUUGUGCGAAUGACUACACAAUGUAAGAAAAAAAAGCUUCACUUAUCUAAAUUGUCAGAUUUUCAGCCUCUCGACAGUAAAAUGCUCUAAUUUCUGCCAUCUCCAUGAAAGCAAACAUUAUUUUUGUGUGAAGCAAAGAGACAUUUGCAAACAAUUUAGAAAACCAUGAUUUAAAUUUUUGCCGAAUUUCUGACGCUGUUACAAACGAAACUCUUCACAGAAUCAAAAAUUUGUGCAUAUUCUGUACUGUUAGUCGAAAAGAAUGUCCUGUUUUCAAUAAAGGGAUGGAAAUUG